AGAGCAAAAAUAGCCACUAUUUUUCAGCAUGAUUUUGAGUAUGUAAACAAAGUGGUCAGAUUAAAAACCACACACACUAACGUUACUGUAUCAAUAACGUGCUUAAUUUCGCAAACACUCCACGUUUGACUUUAGCUGGCCUUUGCUCUGCUGUAAUGUAAACAAAUGCAGAUUCGGGAGGUCAACGCUGCAAUUCAACACCAGCGACCGCUGGAAAAACAUGAGACCCUCUGACCCCACAGAAACUAACAAAAGAGUCGCACAAACGCGUUUACAAUGUGCAAAACAAAAGAGAGCCAACAGAAUGAGAUGUGCUAGCAAUCAGCAUCACUAGCAUAAGGGUUAAUGCACACUGUCAAGUGACUGACGUUGGAUUUGGACGGUUAUUAAGAGGUUUAUGAUGAGUUUAUUGCCGAGGAUCGUACGGUGGCUCGAGAGGAGCUCUUCCUCGUUGCACUUUCACUAUCAAAGCAGAGUAAACAUGUGUACGAACAACAGAAGACUGCGAGUUCUGGUGGACAUGGACGGGGUCAUCGCCGACUUCGAGGGAGGAUUUCUGAAGAAGUUCAAGGCGAGGUUUCCCAAUGAGCCUUUUAUAUCAUUAGAGGACAGAAGAGGAUUCUGGGUGUCCUCACAGUAUGGAGACAUGAGGAGUGACCUGUGUGACAAGGCCAUCAGCAUUUGGGAGUCAAAAAACUUCUUCAUGGAACUGGAGCCUCUUCCCGGAGGAGUCGAGGCGCUGAAGGAGAUGUCCAAGAUGGAGAAUACAGAUGUCUUCAUUUGCACCAGUCCAAUAAAGCAUUACAGCUUCUGCCCGUAUGAAAAGUACGCUUGGAUAGAGAAACAUCUGGGCCCCGAGUUCCUGGAGCAGAUCGUCCUGACCCGAGACAAGACCAUCGUGACCGGAGACGUCCUCAUAGACGACAAGCCUGAUAUCCUCGGUGUGGAGCCGAAUCCGUCGUGGGAACACGUUCUCUUCACCGCCUGCCACAACAAACACCUGGAGAACCCUCCGCAGCGCCGGCUUCUGUCCUGGGCCGACGACUGGAGAGCCGUUCUGGCCAGCAAACGCCAGUGAGACACGACAUCCCAUCAUGCUCUCCUUCCACAGGGAAACCAGAUCUGAUAGAGACAGAGCGACACGCGUCACAAUCU